GGCAGACUUCAAAGUUGCUACAAACCAUAUGCUUACAGUAGAAACAGAGCUCCACCCCCGGUUCUCAGUAAGGCUUGCAGCUUUGUCAGUCUGUACCACAGAGAAACAGCAGAUGGAUGCAGCGUAUGAUCUGUGGCUUAAAAGGAAUCAGAUUUGCUGCUAUUCUGCUCCACCAGCCACAUCACCAGGGCAACAUGGCAUUCGCAGGCAAAUACGAAUUUGAAGGCGAUGAGAACUAUGAUGACUUUGUGAAGAAGAUCGGUCUCCCCAGUGACAAGAUUGAAAUGGGAAGGAAUUGCAAAAUAGUCACUGAAGUGGUACAGAAUGGAAAUGACUUCACCUGGACACAGCAUUUCCCAGGAGGCCGCACCACAACCAACACAUUCACAAUUGGCAAGGAAGCAGACAUGGAGACAAUGGGUGGUAAAAAGUUCCAGGCAACUGUUAAAAUGGAAGAUGGGAAAAUAGUAGCUGAUUUUCCCAACUACCGUCAUACUGCAGAGAUUUGUGGAGGAAAGCUAGUAGAGAUUUCUAUUGCUUCUGGUGUAGUCUACAAAAGGACCAGCAAAAGGAUUGCUUAAGGCAGUAAAGCCAGUCUCUUCCAGUGCA